CUUUCUCUCCCCAAAACCAACUCAAAUACCUUCUCCCUAUGAGAAGCCGAGAAACUCGCUCCCUCUGCGUGUGUUUGUUUCAAAAGAAAAUUUCAGGAGAUUCUGGAAUGCGAACUAUUCCGGCCAUCCCCCCCCAUCUCCCCUCCCAAAUUUAACAUUCCUUCCAAAAAUAUCCCUCCCCCUAAAAUAUCUCUCCUCUCUUAACUCCCCUCUGCCUCUCUUCCCUCUUUAUAUCCCCCUCUUCCCUUUCUCUUCUCAAACUCUCUCUAUCUCUCUCUAAAUCUCUCUCUUCCCGGCGAUGACGGCGCCCAACAUAGAGAUGAUAGCAGCGUCGCUGAGGAACUGCUCCCUCGGAAGAGGAAACAGGGGAGCGGCGUCGUCGUCGUCGUCGUCGACCCCACCGUCUCCGCAGCCGCCACGGCGCCUGGUAGAGGAGGCCGAGGAGGAGGAGGAGGAGGAGGAGGAGGAGGAGGAGGAGGAGGAGGAGGGGCUGGGGGUGACGGUGGAGCUGAACUCGGAGUUGCCCCUCCCGUACCAGUGGGAGCAGUGUCUCGACAUGCGGACGGGGGAAGUGUACUACGUCAACUGGGAGAACGGCACCAGGACAACCCAGGACCCCCGGACCUCCUCCACGGCCUACCUAACGAGUUACUGCUCGGAGGAAGAAGAAGAAGAAGAAGAAAACGACUCCUCCGACGAGGACGGCACCUCCGGCGACUGCGGCGACGGCAAGGAUCACGGCGGCGAGCCCAGCUACUCCUCCGGCGCCUACUCGGGUCUCUCCUCCAUUUCCUCCUCUUCCCCGGGAGAGAUUGCCACCAGCUCCGACGAACCCUACGGCGGCGGCCGCGGUGGCGGCCAGAUCCUCGUUGCCGCCGGCUGUAAGGCCUGCUUCAUGUACUUCAUGGUCCCCAAGCGCAUUGAGGACUGCCCCAAAUGCGGCGGCCUCCUCCUCCACCUCGGCCGCAAUGGUUGCAUCUAAAAUUGUUGAAUUUUGGCUCGAAUUAGUGGGAAAAAAAAAUCUUUAUUUUAAGCCAAAACGCCAUUUUUCCCCCGAUUCUUCUCUUCCUCCUCCCCUGUUUCAAUCUUCUUCUCCUCCUCCUCUUCUCUCCCCAUCUAUACCCAGCUGUGAAUCAUAGAGAUAAAUCUAUAAACAAAGAUAAAUAAUCCCUUUGUCUAUAACAA